AUGUUGAAAGAUAAGCAGUGGCGAGCGACGGCAAACAUAGAGCUUUUGUUGAAUGAUGUCUACCCACCCGCUCGAAUCGAGAGAGAAUUUGUUUCUCAGCAGUUGCCCAAGGUCGUCACUACACGCGAUUUGAAAGCUUCUAUUCCUUCAAAUAAUUCGGGAGCUUUGGUGGAUGCUCACAGUGUGGUAAGCUUUCAUAAAAUGACAUAUUGCAGCACACAGGACAUGAAUGCCCCUUCCGUGCGACGCAUUCUUGUAAAGUACUACCAGCACCUCCUCCGUCGCAUUUUUAUUCGGAGUAGUCCCUUUCUCUACCCCACAAAGCUCGAAGAAGGGGAUCUCGAUGACAUCAAGAUGGAACCAUCCGACGAGGACGUUGGGGAGGAGCCCAACGGGAUUCCCCAAGGCUCCCCCCAGCCGGUAGAUUUCGCCCCCACGCCGGGUCGACGGCCCACAGGGUCGGAGGGCAAGCGCGCCUACCGGGCACUUGGGAUCCUCACCCAAGUCCACGACGUCGUCGGCGCGCAGGCCCUCCAACCUUGGGAGUUUUUUGUUAUUCAAGACCUCGAAGAUGAGGCCGCCUACCUCCCUGUGCUGCGGGCGUUGAAGAAGGACAUCGCGCCGGGUCCCUUUUCGCUGCUUUUGAACGGGACGACGUCGCGGGAUCCGACGUCGGCGGCCGCCGGCCUCGCGAAUGGAGGAGGGGGCGAGGGGGGGGCUGGGAAGGGUGAUGGGCCGCCGCCGAGUCUGAACUGGGGCGAUGACGCCGAGCAGGCCGCAGUGGCCUUUGAAGGGCAGCGUCUUUCCCUCUUUCCACGUCUCCUACCGGCGUUUACGGGGGUUUACCCGGGGAUGGCCGUCGGGAUCGUCGGCGAGCCCCACCAGCGUGACGCCCGUGGGGUGCUAACAGGGGUGUUGUUGUGGGAUCUCGUCCUACCGCAUCCCCCGAUGUUGCCCUGGCGAGUGGAUCGACCGCUGCCGCACGCGGAAAGGGGAGGGUCCGCGAUCACGACGGCCGCGGCGGUCCCGACGCGGGUCCAAUUCUGCUGCGGUCCGUUCCCGCGCGGCGAUAUCAUAGGGCUGCUCCGCGCCGUGACGUUGCAGGCCUUGUUUCGCGCCGCCGACGUGCUGAUCAUCGGCGGUCCUCUGGUGAAGCCCUUUGAGGACUCCGAGAAGGAUAGGAUGCCGCACAUGGUGGAGACGUUUGAGAACAUGCUUUUCUCCUACGUGGACGCGGUGGAGGGGUGUAUGAAUGAGUACUACGCAUCGCGUCCGAAUCUUCCUCACCUAAAGGUGGUCAUGAUCCCGCACUGUGAUGAUGUGAUGCAGGUACCCGUCUUGCCAAAGGUGACGUAUGCACUAGAGGAUACCGAGGACAUCUACUUUCGUUCGAAUCCCUGUCGGUUGUCGGUGAACGGUGUGCAUUUCGGCGUGUGUAAUGAGGAUGUGGUGGGGGUCAUGCGAAAUGUGAUGGUAGAGCGCUGGCCUACCCCGGAGGGCAGCCUCCGGCGGGUUGUGGAGACGUUGAUUCAGAGUCGCUGGUAUACCCCAAUCGUGGAGCUGCCCGCUACCCAAGUGGAUAUGAAGUAUUUGGAUAAGAUGCGGAUAGACUAUCUUCCCGAAGAGGACGCGCUUCCGGACACCGGGAACCCCCCUUCCCAGCAGAACGAGGAGGUCGAGGCGGAGUUUCCCCGGGUUCAAACCGAAACCAACUGGAACCGGUUCCGUUUUAUCGGCCCGGAUGACGAGGGCCUCCACACGGCCCCGAUUUCCGGCGAUCCACCGGUAUUAAAGCGCGCAAAGCCCGAGGAGGGGUUGGUGAAGGUUGAGAACGACGACGAGGGUGCGCCCCCCCCUUCUGUCGCUCGCGAGGACGUCAGAAAAGGGGAAGGGGAGGGGGAGGGGGUGGAGUACAUGCCUCACGUCGUCUUCGCCCCUUCCACCCGGCCGCAGUUCGCCGUGGUGACGCAUCAGGGGGUGCGCGACGGGGCCCACGCCACCGUCCUCGUGGAGGGCCCCUUGGACGACCCGACGACGGCCAGUGGGGUGCUGGUGGUGAACCCCGGGGUGUGGUCGCGGCGCGUCUCACGGCAGUUUACCCUGCGGGUGGCGGAAGUGACGAUCCCGGAUAGUGCCCUCGUCCUCUCCCGUGGGGCCUCUGUCAACACCGGGGUGGCCUGUGGCCUCCUGCAUAUCUUUAACCCCGAGGAGUCCUAA